CCCAUCCACCCACUCAAUCCAACCCCUCCCCCCUACCCCGGUGGGCCCCACACUGCAAAGAAUUCCUGAUUUCCCUCCUUAUUAGCACGUCCUGCAUAUCAUCUCCAGCCUGAGCUAGCAUUUUUUUUUUUCUUUUAUUUCUCCUUUUAACUGAUUUUUCUACGCCCUGAGAUGUCUGAUACACAGGCGGAGCUUUUGCUCCCGGCGGAGAUUCUCGACGGCGAUUUACGCAUGGACCCGUUCGCGUUCGGGUCGCCCGGUGUCAAGACCAAGCCCGACCCGUCACUCUGCUUCCCCGCGGAGUUUCCCUACCAUGUGUUCUCCGGUUUCCCCGAGAUCGAAAGCGACGAGGAUGACUUCCUUGCUGGGUUAACUCGCCGCUUGACUCGGGUCUCUCUCGACCGCGCUUACAACUACACUUCUGCUCACCGUCAGAUGGAGGAUGGUAGCUUACUAUCAGGUUCACCUCAGUCCAUGCUGAACCGGGUACGUAGCUUGUCGGGUCGGAGCGGCGGGUCAGGCAAUGGACCUUCUAUGGCGUCGUCUCCGAGUACUACUACGCGGCUGGAAGCUAAACACGACGACUGGAAUCUGAUAUACCAAGCCGCCGGUCAGGUUGCUAAGCUAAAAAUGAACGCCGGCGAUGGGCCCUUCAGGAACCAAUGUCUUCCCGGCGCUCCUCGAAAUAUCAACUCCGUUCAUCCGGUGAACGUCCCCCAAUCCGCCAUGCCCGAUGUCCAUUUUCGUGAAGCAAGAGGGGACCAAGCAGCGAAGCAACAGGAAUAUAUUAUGUGGAACCGGCAACAGCUACUGCAGAAUCGAAGAAACCGGGUCGGGUUGGAGUCUGGGCCAUUUCUGGAAAGCGAAAGGAGGAGGGGACAGGUACUUGGAUGGCCUUCUCAGCAAGUGGACAAUCAAACCCAGUUUUCCAGGUCGAACAUGAAAACAGCUUUUCUCGGCGGCGGCGGCGGCGGAGGUGGGAAGCGGGAGUGUGCUGGCACCGGUGUCUUUUUGCCCCGGAGAUACGCCUGUUAUAACGGCAAUACUCCCACAGAUUCUCGCAAGAAGACAGCGUGCCCUGUGGCGUUGCAUACAGGUAUGAACAAGAAACCCGUGGACUCGACUGGCUUGGUUCAACCUCAGCCACCAUAUAUCACAGAUGGAUUUGCAUAUGCAGAAAUCAUGAUUUCCAGAAGGCGUGCUGCAAUGCUAUCACAGCAAGUGAAGAAUAUGCGCCCGGAUGGAGGCAUCAACCAUGAACCACAACUUCCUCAGGAAUGGACAUAUUAACCUUGAACUAUUUGGAAAUUCAGGUUCUGGGGGGUAGUAAAUGUGGUAGAUAAGUAGUGUUAGCUAGACCAUUGAUAGAAAAAAAACAAGAAAAUGGUGUUUGGAUUUUCAAGAAUUGAUGAAUGAUGGAUCAGAUGGUAGUAGAUGAGCAGCAAUAAAGUGGUUUUACCCAUUUCUGUUUCUGGUAAAUCUUCACCUCUGAAAUUAUAUGCAUCUUUUGUCAGCUUUAGAGGUGGAAGAAAGGAAAAAGUGUUGGUCAGAGCAAGGAGGGAUCUUUUUGUUUUUGUAAAAAUAAGAAAAUUAGUGGUUCUGAGGAAGAAUUGAUCUGGGGAUGUGAAGGUUUAUAAGAAGAAGAUGCAGAUCCGGACGAUCAGCGAACAAGACAGUCCCAUUUCUAAGUUUGAUAUUCGGAGUGGUUCUCCAAUCUUUCUUCUAUCAUUGUAAUGUUCUAUCUUCGGACUUGAACUAAUAUGAAGUAAUUUUCU